UUCAAAUUGGCAGUGGCCUUACCCUGAUAUUGCAAUAUGGCACCGGAGAAGGUGUCUUAGAUAUCGUCAAAAACCAUCAAAUAUUUUGCCGAAUGAAAUUACAUAUUAAGAGUUUUACCAGCUUAUCGUUUUCUACAAUAUCUACGGGAUCAGCGGGGAGACAUUUCAGCCCACUUGAUGAUCUACAACCUGAAAGAAUGAAAUAAUGAAUCUGGAUUCCCUGUCGCUGGCCUUUUCUCAGGUUACCAAUCUUGUGGCCAAUCUCAACAAAAAGAAUUACAAGCAAAGUGUCGGGGAAAUCUCUCGCCUCGUUUCUCACAACGGGCCAGAGGCAGACAGGCACUUGCUGCGCUGCCUCUUCUCCUACAUUGACUUUUGUGAUGGUAAGAGCAGCGGCAAAGACUUCUACGAGACUCAGCUGUUGAUACAGGAGUGCUCCUUACUCAUCACCAAACCUAAUUUCAUCUCAACUUUGUGCUUUGCCAUCGACAACCCUCUGCAUCAGCAGAAGAGUCUAAGGCCAAGCCAGCAGUUGUUCACCCAACUGAGCAAAAUCUUAAAGCUCACUUCAGUUCAAGAAGUUGUCUUUGGUCUUGCUCUGACCCAUUCAGUUAAACCUGAAACCAGAUCACUAGCUCUCCAGUUUGUGAAGCAGAAGUUACCUGAUCUUGUCCGUGCUUACAUAGAUGCCGAUAUUCGUAACCAGCAGGAGAGUGGAUUGGCAGACUUUUCUGUGGAGAUACUGCAGCUGCUCCUGACCCACCUUCUCUACCGAUCACCCGAUCAUCUGGGCCUUGGGAGUGUACAACUAGAGGCUUUCCUCAAGACUCUCAAGAAAGAAUUUCCGCCUGAGCGAGUACCUGUGGUGCUUGCUCCCUUGUUGUAUGGUGACAAACAAGAUAUUCAUAUGGACAGAGUGAUUUCUGACAGCAUAGCAAUACCUAAAGGAGUGAUGGAUGGCUCUCUGGCAGAGCUUAUGCAGGAGAUGGGGUACAGCUGCUGUGCCACGGUGGAGGAAUGCCACAAGACCCUUGUCCAGUUUGGCAUCAAUGGCUUGACCGCAAGCAAUGUGGCCAAGGUCAUCGGUAUGAUGGCCAGGACCCACACAGGCCUUAUGGAUAACCUUCCACUUCAGUCGGUGUCUGGGGCUAGCGUGUGGAGCGAUGGCAAGGACAAGCAGGACCAGGCCGGGCAGCUGUCCACCUGGGAUGUGGACACCUUCAUCAAGGUGGUGAGGGAGCUUGCCCCACAUAUCAACUUCAAGGAGGUGGUGUUUGAACUUGACCAUCAAGGGUUCUACAUCGGCGAGAGCCAGGGGCUGAGGCUGGUCAAGACGGCGUUGAUCAGGGGUCUGCAGCAGGAUGUCUUCCCUGUGGAAGCCCUCUACAGAGUCUGGAAGAACUUUGAAGGACAGCUAUCCUGGAUCCAACAAGCCCUGGCCCAGCCAGACAUCUUCUGUUUUGCUGACUACCCAUGUCACCCUGUGGUCAUUGACAUCCUAAAGGCACCGCCAGAAGAGGAGAACAGAAAGAUUGCUACAUGGAAAUCCCUUGAGCUUGUUGAGGUGCUGCUGAAGUUGUCAGAGACUGGGAAGUAUGAACAGGUCAAGAACCUAUUUAGCUUCCCCAUCAAGCAUUGCCCUGACAUGCUUCUUCUAGCCUUGCUUCAAGUACAGCCCACAAUGACCCCACUUCGUUUAGAGCUGAUAGCCGUCCUGAUGCCAAUAUUCCUGGGGAACCACCCUAACUCUGGCAUUGUUCUCCAUUAUGCAUGGCAUGGCCAGGGCCAGUCCCCGACCAUCCGUCAGAUCGUGAUGCAUUCCAUGGCUGACUGGUACAUGCGAGGGGACAGCGACCAGACCAGGCUCUCGCGAAUCCUUGACGUAGCCCAGGACCUCAAAGCCCUGUCCCUGCUCCUUAACGCCACACCAUUCCUCUUUGUUAUCGACCUAGCCUGCCUUGCUUCCCGGAGAGAGUACCUCAAGCUCGACAAGUGGAUGACGGAUAAAAUCAGAGAACAUGGACAGGAGUCCUUUGUCCAGACCUGUGUGAAGUUCCUGAAGAGGCGUGCCCCUCAGGUGAUGGGAGGGAUAGCCCCGGAGCCCAGAGAGCUACCAGGAGGUGGGAAGACAGGGGUCUUACCACCAGAAACCAUAGGAACCAUGCUAGCCUGUCUACAGGCUUGUGUUAGUUCUGUGUCACCGGAGCUUGCUGAAACCAUCAUGAACAUGGUAGCUAACUGUGGAAACCUGCUCAAGUCUCGCCCCCCACCGGGUGUGAUGAACAACCAGGGGAUGCCCCCAAUCUCACCUGGACCAGUCACUCCGAUUGACUCGCUACCAGGCAUGCCUCCUCUAGGCUCCACGAUGGGCACCUCCAUUGGAUCCAAUAUGGGUUCAACCAUGGGAUCUAAUAUGGGUUCAGCCAUUGGGUCUAAUAUGAAUUCAGCCAUCGGGUCCAACAUGGGAUCAGCCAUCGGGUCCAAUAUGAAUUCAGCCAUUGGAUCCAACAUGGGCUCAGCCAUCGGGUCCAAUAUGAAUUCAGCCAUUGGCUCCAACAUAGGCUCUGGCAUGGGGUCCAAUAUGAAUUCAGCCAUUGGGUCCAACAUAGGCUCUGGCAUGGGGUCCAAUAUGGGUUCAGCCAUAGGGUCCAACAUAGGCUCUGGCAUGGGGUCCAACAUGGGUUCAGCUAUCGGGUCCAACAUGGGCUCAGCCAUCGGGUCCAACAUGAAUUCUGCCAUCGGGUCCAACAUGGGCUCAGCCAUUGGGUCUACAAUGGGCUCAACGAUGGGAUCAUCAGCAUCCUCUAUGACCACACCCAACCUACACCCCUUCAGCUCCAACCCCCUGGGAUCCAGCUUCGGGCAACCGCCCCAGUCACCCCAGAAAACGUUCCCCAUGCUGUCUGGGCCCGGUCCCAACCUGGGCGGACUCAUCAAUCCAACACAGUCGAGCAGUCAUCCAACUGGCAAAAGUGAUAUAUCCAAUAUAUGGCCAGAGUUGAACCAGUCUUUCUCUCCAGAGAUUGAUGAAGAGGCCAACAGCUACUUCCAGCAGAUCUACAACCAACCGCCCAACCCCAUCAUGUCUGUGGAUGAUGUUCUUCAGAUGCUUAAACAGUUCAAGGAUUCACAAGUCACAAGGGAAAGGGAGGUGUUCAUGUGCAUGCUGAGGAAUCUGUUUGAAGAGUACAAGUUCUUUCCUCAGUAUCCAGAGAGAGAACUCUUGAUCACUGCUUGUCUGUUUGGAGGGGUCAUUGAGCAAGGACUAGUCACAUUUAUGGCUCUGGGAAUGGCUCUACGCUAUGUUCUAGAAGCCCUGAGAAAGCCCCACAACAGCAAGAUGUACAUGUUUGGCAUAGCAGCUCUAGACAAGUUCAAGCUACGUCUCAAAGACUUUGCCCAGUACUGUACCCAUGUUGCUUCCAUUCCUCACUUCAAACAGUUCCCAGAGCAUCUCAUUGAGUACGUGACUUACGGUCAGCAAUCUAUGGAACCUCCAGUCACAAGCAGACCACAACCAACACCCACAACCACACCGGCAACAGUAACAACGACAGCAUCAUCCAUACUGUCAACAACAAAGCCCACACCAGCAACUACCACCGUGUCAGCUAUCAAGCCAAUCGCCAAAGCAGCUCCUAAGCCUUCCAUUGCUAAUACCACCAACAUCGACACCCUCCUAGUGGCCACACCCUCGGAGGAGAUUAAAGAACCCUCAGAACAGGUCCAGGACAAGAUAUUCUUCAUCUUCAACAACCUCUCUCAGGUUAACCUGGUCCAAAAGUGUGAAGAAAUGAAGGAGCUGUGCUCAGAGGAACACCUGGAUUGGAUAUCCCGCUACCUGGUCCUCAAGAGGGCUAGCAUAGAGACCAACUUCCAUACACUCUACUCCAACUUUGUAGAUCAGAUCAAACUCAAUAAGCUAGCAGACAUGGUGCUCAAAGAAACCUACAGGAACAUUGGGGUGCUGCUAGCAUCCAGCAAGAGUGAUUCCAACUUUUCAGAUAGGACACUCCUAAAGAACCUUGGACAUUGGUUAGGCAAACUCACAUUAGCAAAGAACCAUCCCAUCUUACAAGUGGAUCUUGAUAUGAAAGCCCUUAUCCUUGAGGCCUACCACAAGGGCCAGGCUGAACUGCUGUACGUGGUGCCCUUUGUAGCCAAGGUGAUCGAAUCCUGCACGAAGAGCCGCAUCUUCAAGCCUCCCAACCCCUGGACCAUGGCUAUCUUGAACGUCCUGGGCGAGCUUCACCAGGAGCCCAACCUCAAACUCAAUCUCAUUGAAGUAGAGGUUCUCUGCAAGGCAUUCAAUGUCACUAUGGACGACCUGAAGCCUGGCAUGUACCUCAAGGAUCUAGAGAUGGUCGGUCUCAUCCCCCACAAAUUGACAACUUCCAAGAAGUUCAUGGAGGGCGGGGCCUUCGGUAUCUCCGUUGGAAUGGGACAGGACAACCCAUCUUCAUCGGUGGGUGGCUUAGCGGCUGGCUUAGCAAGUGGCUUAGCGGUACCCCUCCCUACCGUUCCCAACAGUUCACUGGUCGGCGUCGGCGAGCAAGGUAUUGCUUCGUCAGUGCCGACACCCCCCACUCCGUCUUUGCCUGCCUCACAGGCACCCGUUCCUCAGUUCAGCUUCCAAGAUCUCAACACCUCAGCCCUGACAGGGAUUGCUCCUCUCACUACAGUCAACGCACAGUUGGCCAUCUUCCAGGCCCACCCUCAGCUGCGUAACUGUGUGCGUCCAGCCGUGGAGAGAGCCGUUCAGGAGCUGGUGCACCCUGUGGUUGACCGCUCCAUCAAGAUUGCCCUCAGCACCUGUGAACAGAUUGUCAAGAAGGACUUUGCUCUUGAUCCUGAGGAGAAUCGUAUGCGCCUUGCCGCCCAUCACAUGGUGCGUAACCUGACAGCUGGUAUGGCUAUGAUCACAUGCCACGAACCACUCAUCUUCAGUAUCAUCAACAACUUCAAACUCUCCUGCAUAGCAGCCCUCAAGGGUGGUACUCAACAGCAGAAGGAGCUGAUAGAACAGGCCGCAUCUGUGGUUGCCAACGACAAUGUGGAACUGGCUUGUUGCUUCAUCCAGAAGUGUGCUGUAGAGAAGGCCAUCCCCGAGAUGGACCGGAGACUCGCCACCGAGAUUGAGCUCCGGAAGCACGCAAGGAACGAGAACCGUCGCUACUGUGAUCCGGUCGUCCUCACAUACCAGGCAGAGAGGAUGCCGGAACAGAUUAGAUUAAAGGUUGGAGGAGUGCCUCAGGGUCAGAUAGCUGUCUAUGAGGAGUUUGCUCGCAGCAUUCCAGGCUUCCUACCCACACCAGAAGCAAACCAACCACCGGGUUUUUUAGCUAAACUUACCCAGUCUUACGCUGUCGACGAGAUCACCCAGAUCUACGACAAGUGUAUUACUGAGAUCGACCAACACUUACAGUUCAUCAGUCAGGUUAUGCCUCAGUCCCAGCAUAUCCAGAUCUUACAUGCCCUCCUGGAGUCUGUCAUGGUAGCCAGGAACUCCAGGGAGAUCGUCACAGCACUUGCUUGCCUGCAGAAGGCUGUUGAAGGUCUUCUGGAAGGCUACACCGUCAGUUCCCUUGACCCCAAUGCAGCCUUGCGCUAUAGGGAUGCCCACAUCCUAGUUCUCAAGUCACUCCAAGAUCAGCGAGCCUAUGGUCCACAAUGGACAAACAAGCAGGUCACCAGAGUCGUCUGUGAGACGAGCAGCGAGAGGAAAUACAACCUUGAUGCCAUUGAACAGCUGUUACGAACACACCUUGUCAACCUUCAAACCAUUGACAUGCAUAUUGCCACAUCCAUGGAGAACGGCCUCAACUAUGCAGCCGUGGGGUUCGCCAUGAGCGUCGUCAAGCGAUUCCUCAUUGAUGAGAAGCAGAGCAAUGUCUUGAAUGAAGCUGAUCUCUACAACACACUCCAUGUGCUGGCUAGGAUCGCCACACAGAGCCCGAAUCCACCAGAGGGUUUGCCCCAGUUGAUUGAGCUUGUCAGGCAGAAUCAUGACCCGGCCUUUCUAGACAAGGCACCCGGUGGUCCCACCUCUAUGAUGCACUCGGGCAUCUCCCAGGCUCGUGAGUUUGAUGACCCGCCAGGCCUGAGGGAGAAGACAGAGUACCUCCUGAGGGAGUGGGUCAACAUGUACUACUCGCCGGCUGGAGGCAAGGACAGCACCAAGGCCUUCUCAGCAUUUGUCAAUCAGAUGCACCAACAAGGCAUCCUGAAGACGGACGACCUCAUCACUAGAUUCUUCCGCCUCUCUAUUGAGCUUUGCGUGGACGUGUGCUACCGAGCCUUGGCAGAGCAGGUACACAGCCAGGCACUGACGCGAGCAAAGUGUUUCCAGACCCUGGAUGCCUUCGUAAGGCUCAUUGCCCUGCUGGUCAAGCACUCCGGAGAUGCUACCAACCCAGUCACCAAGAUCAACCUACUCAACAAGGUAUUGGGGAUUGUAGCAGGAGUACUGCUUCAGGAUCAUGAGGUACGCCAGACAGAGUUUCAUCAGCUAGCCUACCAUCGUAUCUUCAGUAUGCUUCUCCUGGAACUCAAUGCUCCAGAGCAGAUCCUAGAGGCAAUCAACUUUCAAGUCAUGUCAGCUUUUUGCAAUGCUCUUCAUGUACUGAGACCGUCCAAGGCUCCAGGCUUUGUGUAUGCCUGGCUGGAACUGAUCUCACAUCGUAUCUUCAUUGCUAGGAUGCUUGGCAUGCUUCCACAGCAGAAGGUAAGACUGGAGGGAUGGCCAAUGUAUGCAGGCCUACUGACAGGUCUCUUCAAGUUCAUGACACCAUUCAUGCGCAACGCAGAACUUCCAAAGCACCUCGCUCUGCUGUACAAGGGUACUCUGAGAGUGCUGCUGGUGCUUCUUCAUGACUUCCCAGAGUUCCUGUGUGACUACCACUAUGGCUUCUGCGAUGUGAUCCCACCAAACUGCAUCCAGAUGCGCAACCUGAUCCUGUCUGCCUUCCCUCGGAACAUGAGGCUACCUGACCCGUUCACGCCGAACCUCAAGGUUGACAUGUUAGCAGACAUUGCCCACCAUCCUCGCAUCCUGACCAACUACGUCACUGUCAUCCAGCCUGCAUCGUUUAAGAAGGAUCUCGACUCGUACAUCAAGACCCGUAGCCCGGUCACGUUCCUCUCUGAGCUGCGCAGUCACAUGCAGGUGUCCCAGGAGCCUGGCCAACGCUACAACGUCUCCCUGAUGAAUGCCCUGGUGCUCUACGUGGGCAUGCAGGCCAUCAACUACAUCCAGAGCAAGGGUAGCACACCCUCUAUGAGUACCAUCACGCACUCUUCCCAUAUGGACAUCUAUCAGAACCUGGUCGUGGAUCUGGAUACAGAAGGUCGCUACUUGUUCUUGAAUGCCAUUGCCAAUCAGCUGCGGUACCCUAACAGCCACACCCACUACUUCAGCUGUACACUCCUCUACCUCUUUGCAGAGGCUAACACAGAGGCUAUACAGGAGCAGAUCACUCGAGUGCUACUGGAGCGUCUGAUCGUGAACAGACCCCACCCAUGGGGACUUCUCAUCACAUUCAUUGAGCUCAUCCGCAAUCACCACUUCAAGUUCUGGAGUCAUGAGUUUGUGCACUGCGCUCCUGAAAUCAAGAAGCUGUUUGAGUCUGUGGCUCGUAGCUGUAUGCAGCAGAAAGGCACCGCCCAGCCAGGCAUGGGGAGGGAUAAUGCAGAAGCACAUGAAACUUAACCAGACCCUACCAAAAACACAAAGGAAUAUUGGACGAUACCGUAGUAACUUCAUCCUAUCCUUAGCACGAUGAGCAAGAUGUUUCUCCCAAAUCUUCCAGUGAAGUCCAACAAAGACAGAACCAAACCUCAAAUACCUGUAUUGAUGAGAAUCGUAUCAAAAUGUGUCAAAGGAUACAAGGCCAUUGAGAAACGGAUAUCUGUUGGUUUUUGUAACUAUAGCUGAAGGACAAGUCUUUUUAUUAUGUUUAGAUCCUGUUUUCAGAAGGAUUUUGUAUUAUCUGGACAUAACUAUUAAAACAGUACAGGGUUUAUCCCACCCGCGUGUGUAUUACUUUUGAAACUCCAACGAUUCUGUUUUACUUUCUUUGUUUACUUAGACCAUGAAGCUGAAAAAUCUUGUUAUCAAAAUUCAUUUACAUACAAGAAACCCUUCUGACUGAAGACAAGUAUGAUAUGAACAUGGCAAGAUUUCAUUUAAAACAUGGACUUACACCAGUAAUGUGACUGUUUACUUUACGUUGAUGCUGCACAAGUUGUACCUAUUUUCAUGUACACAAUCUUGUUUUUUGUCAAAAAAUUAUGUGAUCAUGCAAACCAAAUAUUCAGAUUUUGUUAUAAUUUCUUCAAGUUUAAUUGAAAAAGAGUGAUAAAAAGCACUGUAAUAUCUCAAUGAAAACUGUUUCAAUGCGGUCCCCAAUUUUAGUCAUGUAAGACGAAAAGGGCUUAAUGAUGACUCUAAAAAUAUCUGGUUCUAUUUUAAACAGUUCAAAAAUGAACAAAGCACUAUUCAUUACAGCAAUAGCUUAGUUGCAACACUGUACUCGCAGACUGAAAAUAAUUGUUAGUCCUCUCCCAACCCCAUUUUCUUCGCUGUCAAACAAAGUGUGUCUUGUUGUGCCUUAGUUGUUACCAAAUCCGAAUCAUAUCAUUCAAGUUGACUAAAUUUAAUUUAAUACUCUAGGUGAGACUAGAGUGAUAAUAUUACUAAUAGCUUAAUGAUUUUUCCUUGGUACAACUAUUCCUCUCAGUAUUUUAAUUGUUACUAAAUUGUAUUCAUUGGCAUUGUGUAUGUUCAUAACCAAGAAAUAGUUGUAAUGGGAUCAUAGUGCAGUGAGUGCUCAAGUUGAUGGACUUUGCUGUGUGGAAGAGACAUACACUAUUUUUUGUUUGUUUUGGAAUAGGUGUAUAACUUUGGUGUAUAAGGUGUAUAAUUGCCAAUUUGAAGAAGGUUGGUUGCCAAUUUGACGAAGAUCAGUUACCAUUCUUUUGCCCUUGGCCCUUAUCUUCAGUAUUUACAUGGUGAUUGUUUUUUUUAACACACAUACAUGUAUGGUCUACUAUUGUGAUAGUUCAAUCAUUUUGUUGCGAUUGAAAUCAAAGCAAUCAUGGAAUGCUUUCAGGUUGUACCUGUUUCACGUUACCACAUCAUAGCAUUAUUUAUUGACUUGUUGCAGCCACAUGUGUUGUGUCAACAGAGUUGUUGGCUUCAGCUGUGCUGGUCAACAAUCAAUAUUGCUGGCAACAACACAAAACCCAUUGAAUGUAACACAAUGGUCUACCAAUUACCUGACAAAAUAAUUUGUGAAUAGUAUGUUACAUAUGGUAGAGGGAUUGCUAGUAUAUAUAAAAUCAACCUCAUUUGAUAGGUAAACGGUUAAGAAGUAAGAAGAAAAUAAAGGAUCGCAUUAAACCCUUGCAUAGGGCUCACACAGGACCCUGGUCCAACUUUGGGGGGUUUUUUUCUCCAAUAAAUAGUUCAUCGAAAGCAGAACAAAUUAUGAUAUAGCAAGCUUUGUCAAGCUUAUUGAAUGAACAAGUAUAAUAUAUGGCUAGCUUUGAUUUAUUUUGUAAUUUUAUUGUCAUAAAAGUGGAGAAUUGGUGUAUGCAUUAAGCCCACAAAUUGAAAAGUACAAAUUUGAUAUCUUUAUUUUUUGUUCCAUUUCAGCAAUAGAAACUACAUUGAUCUAUUUGGAGAUUUUGGGAUGAAGAAUUCAAACGCUUGUACACCUUGCGCCAAAAAAUAAACCACAAGCAAAAACUUGAUUGAGUAAAAGUGAGAAAAAAGGAUUUGGAGAAGGAAACCUAUGCUUUAUAUAUUCACACUUGUGCAUUACUAAGAUUGUAUAUAAUAAUAUGUAUGUAGCCGACAUUCAGGAAAGCGAAAAAUGGAUCAGUUUGUUGAAAGAUUACGGCAACUCAUCCUGCCGAGUUGGUCUCGGUCACAGUGGUAGUGUAUUGCGAUGUACUUUCAUCAUAGAUUUAGUCAUUUCUAGUUGUAGUUUAAUGGACUGCGUCAUUUGAAACCAAUUUGGCUGGAUGAGAGGCCAAAGAUUUGAACCAUUGUAUGUUGUAAUUAUUUGUAGUUAAAAGUGAUGGGUAUUGAUGUGAAUAAGCUGAAAUGCAAGGAGGGGUGGUGAUAAGUGUAAUUAGGAAAUGCUUGUACUGAUGUCUUAUAUGUGUUUUCUGCAAAUAUUUGAAUAAAAAUAAAGGCAUGUAUAUGAAACAUGUAAAAGAAA